CAGCGUGGUGAAUAUUUAGCCUCCAGUGCUUGGGUAUUAUAUGGUGUUUCUGUAGUGUGCGGCAGAAUAGACACAAGAGCGGCAAAGGCUGAACAUUGGAUACAUUUUUUUUUGUCCUAGGUGUGUCUGAUAUUUCCUCAACAAAGAUCGAUGGGAUAGCGUACAAUAUUUGGAGCUUCGGUAAUAGUUGCAAAGUCAUCACGUAAUGACAUGGAGCAUGGAGUUGAAAUGUUGCAAAUGCGUUUAUCCUCAGUUGCUGAGAAGUAGAUUUUGACGCGCGCAGGGUCUCAUCAAUAGUCUUUGAACCUGAGGUAUACGUGUGAAAAAUAACAGGUACCAAAGACAAGAACGGCAUCGAGUUCCAAGGUCUGAAUGAGAGACACUAUAGACAACGUUUCUGUAACAAGGACAUAGCCGGAAUGCAGUUAUAUCCCAAAAAAUCGAACGUGUAUCUUGGAAAUGUUAUGUUUUUAAAUUUUAUUGUGGAAUAACCCAGGAAUAGCCUAAAGGUUAUGAGCGUUCUUGGCGCGUUGUUUACUAGUUUCUCAACUCAAUGUUUGGAGGCAAGACUGAGCAAGUCCUAAAGGCAAAGAGGAGAUAACCUGAAAAGUUGGACGCUUGAAAAUGAUGUGCAUUUAAAGGACAUCAUUGAGUGGAUUUUCACCGCCAAGACAUGCUCCACAGCCGACCAGGAGCACGCUGGGGGAAAGGGUCUGACCUCUCCGGCGUGCGCUCAGACUGGAUUUAUACGCAUGGGAUAAUCGGUGGAGCAAGAUGGAGGACGAGGAGGAGAGACAGACCGGGGGUUACCGCAAUGCCGUCAGCAGGCGCCCCUUACCACCUGAGUAACUGGAAGGUGGUGCUGUGGGUGGUGGUCUCUUUGCUGCCCCUGGUGGAGGGGGCCCGUAUGGGCACUGGUUUGGGGGCAGACUCUGUCCAGGCUUUGGGACGGGUGGGAGGGAUGUGGGAGAGGCAGCUCCCAGACACUCUACCUGAGGUGGAUGAGCAACAAGAGGGGGAGAGUGACCCAUACUCCCCCUGGCAUGGCCUCUCUGACCCCUCUGUGAUGGACGAAGCGGACGACCACCCCAGUGGCCGGUGGGUGGGCCGUUCCCCCCGCAACUCUGACCCCUCAGACGCCGAACCAACAGGAUUGGCCAAGAAAAAGAAGAAGAGGAGGAAGAAAGAGAGGGACAGAAAGGGCAAAGGAAAGGGAAAGGUCAGGCAGCCCCAGCAGAGCAGCCCAGACUGCAGGGUGGAGAAACGAGAGAUGCGGGUGCGGGACUUGGGCCUGGGCUUCGACUCGGACGAGAUCAUCCUCUUCAAGUUUUGCGUGGGCUCCUGCCAGUCGUCCAGGACCAACUACGACCUGGCUCUAUGGUCCCUGAUGGAGAACGGGUCACUGCCGCGGAGGACCUCCCGGCGGGUCAGUGCCCACCCCUGCUGCCGGCCUGACCGCUAUGAGCCAGUGUCCUUCAUGGACGCCCACACCACGUGGCAGACCAUCCAGUCACUGUCGGCGGCCAGCUGCAUGUGUAUGGGCUGAGGGAGCCAGCCAAGAGGAGGAUGAAUAGGGCAGGGUGGUAACUGUCUGUCACUCACGCCUGCCUGAUUAUAUACAGAUGGUGGCUCGCCGUUGUGUUUGGGUCUAGAGAGAGGUUCUGGGAGGGCAGAAGUAGUCGCUCCGAAACAUAUGCAACAGGGCUGGUCCCCAGUACAAAGCAGGAUGGAGAUUCUGUAGAGUGUCUAUGAUGGUGGAGUGAGGCCACGCCUCUUCCUGUUGUACAUUUUCUGUUGAGGAUAAAGUGGAUUCGGUUGCAAUGAGAGACUGUCAUGACCGAAUGGCAAGAUAGUCUCUGGGAACAGUUUUUAACAAGAUGGUGACCAUACAAUGGUAGGAUCUUAAUAUUCACAGCAGUUGGGAUAUGUAUAAGACUGACCUGGAGUACUGAUUAAAAUAUUGACUCAAAGGUCAAAAAGAGGACCAUAUCUCAUUGCAUUUGACCACAAGUAGACAGGCUCAAAACAGGGAUUUUCCGUAACUUCAUUUUUUCAAUGUUCUCUUGAAUUGUACGAAACGGAUGCCAUGCAUCUCUUUGCAUUGCUGCAUUAUAGUCAACAUAUUUAUUACAGAUAAGUUAUUUAUUUAUUGUCAUUUCAUAUGAGGUCGUUUUUAUGGACUGUAGAUUUAUAUUUAUUGUCAUGAUCACAUAUCCCGGGGGGUUUGUGUUGCUGGAUCCUUAGACUUUGAAUUGUGUUUGAUUUUGGGGGGGUUUUGAAACAUCAAAAAGAUCAAAACAAGUGGGCAAGGAACUCAACAUGCAGUAUGUCUCAUUUCACGCAAAGGAAGGAAAUAGUCUUGUGGCUGAAAACCUAACAAGGUUACAAGCUUAGUUUCAUUUUUUCAUUGUUGUUUCAGUAUUUCAGAACAAUUACAGUCAAUAUUACUAUUGAAAUGGUUUCCUUUAUUUUUGUACAACAAUGACAUUAUUCUGCGUAGGAAUAAAGUAU